AUGGACCCUAAAGCCAUUUUACUAGAUGACAGCGCCAAAGACGGUGUUCGGGUUGAAGGAUCUAGCCCAUUGAAACGCAAACACGACUCAUCAAGUACAGACUCCAGCUCCGGUUCCGACUCGUCUGGCACAGGUUCCUCGGGCAGUGAAUCCUCAAGCGACGAAUCCUCCAGUGAGGAGGAAGACGAGGAGCAGAUUGCAGAUGAUCAGGUUUUGUGGCAGGCAUUGUUCCUGGAUAUUCACGGCGAGGAGCAGGACGAGGAACAGUAUUCGGAUAACGAUAGUGACUUGAUUGAGGAUCUUGAUGAAAAAGAGCAGUUGAAAUUGUUGUUAGACAACUUUGACGAGAAGCAGAUGCGUCGGUACCAGGUGUUCCGUAACGGUCCGAUCAAGCUGGGGAUCAAGAAGGUGGCGAAUAACACGCUUCCCCACCAGAUUUCUAACCCCAUUGCCACCGCCCUCGUGGGUAUUUCCAAGAUUUUUGUAAUGGAGAUUAUCGAAAAGGCAAAGCUAGUGCAAGAGCGGCAUCAUAAGGCCCGGUUGUUGAUGGAAUACCAGGAGCGGAAGGCAGCGCGCCAGUGUAGAAAGGAGAAGGAAACCGGGACCGUGAAACAGCCUGAGCUUAAGCUUGCCUCGAUUGAAGACCAACCACUUUUGCCGGAACAUCUACGGGAGGCGUGGAGGCUCUACCAGUUGGAGCACAGAGGGAACCCCACAAACUUCACCCGCAGAGGAGCCUUCGAUGGGCACAUGUUCCGAUAG